UCUCGACUGCAGUCUCCUCACUGCCAACGCCCGUCCAUCCAGCCAUAAUGCGAGAAAUAGUGCAUCUGCAAGCCGGCCAGUGCGGUAACCAGAUCGGAGCCAAGUUCUGGGAGGUGAUCAGUGAUGAGCAUGGCAUCGACCCGACUGGAACCUACCAUGGAGACAGCGACCUGCAGCUAGACAGGAUCAAUGUGUACUACAAUGAGGCCUCAGGUGGGAAGUAUGUCCCCCGUGCCAUCCUGGUGGAUCUGGAGCCGGGCACCAUGGACUCUGUCAGGUCUGGCCCCUUCGGACAGAUCUUCAGGCCAGACAACUUUGUCUUCGGUCAGAGUGGAGCUGGAAACAACUGGGCCAAGGGCCACUACACCGAGGGAGCAGAGCUGGUAGACUCUGUCAUGGAUGUAGUGAGGAAGGAGGCAGAGAGCUGUGACUGUCUCCAGGGCUUCCAGCUCACCCACUCCCUGGGUGGGGGUACUGGCUCUGGCAUGGGCACCCUGCUCAUUAGCAAGAUCCGUGAGGAGUACCCUGACCGCAUCAUGAACACCUUCAGCGUGGUGCCCUCUCCCAAAGUGUCCGACACAGUGGUGGAGCCCUACAACGCCACCCUCUCUGUGCAUCAGCUGGUGGAGAACACAGAUGAGACCUUCUGCAUCGACAACGAAGCCCUCUACGACAUCUGCUUCCGCACUCUCAAGCUCACCACACCCACCUAUGGAGACCUCAACCACCUGGUGUCAGCCACCAUGAGUGGAGUGACCACCUGCCUUCGUUUCCCUGGCCAGCUCAACGCCGACCUCCGCAAACUGGCUGUCAACAUGGUGCCCUUCCCCCGCCUGCACUUCUUCAUGCCCGGCUUCGCCCCCCUCACCAGCAGGGGGAGCCAGCAGUACCGCGCCCUGUCCGUGCCUGAGCUCACCCAGCAGAUGUUCGACUCCAAGAACAUGAUGGCGGCCUGCGACCCUCGUCACGGCCGUUACCUCACUGUGGCCGCCAUCUUCCGUGGCCGCAUGUCCAUGAAGGAGGUGGACGAGCAGAUGCUCAACGUCCAGAACAAGAACAGCAGCUACUUUGUGGAAUGGAUCCCCAACAACGUGAAGACCGCUGUCUGCGACAUCCCACCCCGCGGCCUCAAGAUGUCUGCCACCUUCAUCGGCAACAGCACAGCCAUCCAGGAGCUGUUCAAGCGUAUCUCUGAGCAGUUCACUGCCAUGUUCCGCCGUAAGGCCUUCCUUCACUGGUACACCGGAGAAGGUAUGGACGAGAUGGAGUUCACUGAGGCUGAGAGCAACAUGAAUGACCUGGUGUCUGAGUACCAGCAGUACCAAGAUGCCACCGCUGAGGAGGGCGAGUUUGAAGAGGAGGGAGAAGAGGAAGCCGCCUAAACCAUCCCGUCACUCAACUGCCAAACAGUCUAUCACUCCCCUCCGUCCUGACCCCAACUCCAUCCCUUCAUCCUUACCAUCUGCUUUCUCUCAAGAAGGCAGAUGUUCCUAAAUGAAUUGAAUGUUUUUCCACAUUAAACAGUGAUCUUACCAGAUCGUAGUAAACUUUUGUUGUUGUUAUUUUGUUGUUGUAUGUUGGAAAUCCACUGAAUUGUUUCCAUUUUCCUACAUUCAUCUCAUCAUUGCUUUGCGGAAUUAAAAGCAAGUGAUUUUAAAGUUCAAAUUAAAUUGGUACUUACUCUA